AUGGACGAACAAAACAUGCAGAUUUUCGUCCAAGAACAAAUAAUGAAACUUACUACAUUUGGUGGUGCUCGUGAUGAAGAUGUUCUACACUGGUUACAAGAUACUGAAUGUAUAUUUGAUAGCGUGCAAUCGUAUUUAGUUGGUGUUGCUGCAAAAUGGUUUCGUUUUAACAAGAUGAAUAUUCCUGAUUGGUCUUCAUUUAAGGCUGCUAUUGCUCAAGCUUAUCAACCAUCAUUUAAUCGAACAUUAUCAGUAAUUGAACAACGACCAAUAACCGUACAACAUGUUAAUUCCUCAUCUGUAUCACCCAAAACAACCCCAGAUUCGUCCCCUAUAUCUCAAGAUAAUUUUUCAGCACUUAUUGAUCUAAGUGGAUCAAAUUCAAAUGUACCUUCUCCACCAUCUUCGAAAAUUGAAAAAUCUUCAACACCUGAACGAAUAACAAAUGAUGAUCAACAAUUAACUAUUGUCGUUUUGCCUGAACCCUCAUCACUUCAUCAAUUCGUACGUGAAAAUCUAACUGAAGAUUCAACCGUUGAUUAUAUACCAAAUACUUCGUCCCCGAUAAUUACAAUUACUCAAUCAACAUGUUCAUCUACAGUAGCCAUUGAUAAUCCUAUUACAUGCGAAGAUGAAUUACAAGAAAUACCAAAUGAUCAAGUUAAUUUAUAUUCGUCGAAUGAUCUUGGUGUAGUUCAUCGUGUACUUAGUCCUGUUAUGCAAUUAGUUAAAGUUGAUGUUCAUGGAAAGUAUAAUGAUACUAAUGUUGAUUUAUAUGUUACUCAUACUUUGAUUGAUCCAAAGAUAUUAGGAAUUGUUAUAACUCAUGUUCGUGAUCGUUUAUAG